AUGAGCCAAGUAACAAGUUCAAAAUCGUCAAUAGAAUCAGUAGAUAAUAAGUGUCCUCGUUGCAAAACAAAUGAUCGCGUGUGUAAAUGGAAAGAUUAUCUUUGUGUUGAAAAUACAACUCGUGCUGCUCGUCAAGUGUUUUUUGAUUUUCGUUCUGCUGAUCCAAUUCGAGCUAUUUCUUUGGCUGAAGAUCUUGCUCUUCUCCUGUCAGACCUUCGUUCUAUUGCUCAUGUUCGUGCAGUUGCUGCUCGUGACCUUCGUAUUCUUCCUAGUAAUAGUUCAAUUGGCAAACGAACAAAAUCCUGCUUCUUCAAACCGAAUGGAUUUUCCGAAUAUUUUAUUUGUGAUUCAAAACAUUGA